UGACUGCAGGAGACCAGGAAAAUAAGUGAUCUUACCCCACACAAUCAAGAAAAAAAACAGACCAAAAAGAAAGCAAACAAGGGAAGAGAGAAGAGCUGUGUGCUUUAUUCUAAAAUUUAAACCUCAGGAAUACUCCCACAGCAGCCACAAGAAGAAUUACUCCCUCUGCCUCCUUCUCUCUCUUUACUCUCCUCCUCUGCCUUUAUCCAGCACUCAGUGAUCCAUGAGUGUGACCAACUCUUCUGCCUAUCGAUCGGAGCGUAGUUUCCACCAGACUUCAUCCUCAACUUCAUCCUCUGCUAACCCAUACAUGGAGAAGAGCCGAGGACUGUUUGCUGAGGACUUUGGCUCCUUCAUGAGGCCUGGGACUGACACCUUGGGUUUUUCCAGUGGGGCUGGAAAUAUUAAAACUCUUGAUGAUUCGUACCAGUUCACAGUUGAUGUUCGAGACUUCUCCCCUGAAGAUGUAAUCGUCACCACAUCCAACAACCAGAUAGAAGUUCGUGCAGAAAAGUUGGCCCAGGACGGAUCAGUGAUGAACACUUUCACCCACAAGUGCCAACUACCUGAGGAUGUGGACCCCACCUCAGUGACAUCAUCACUGGGUGCUGAGGGAACCCUGACAGUCCGAGCAAGGCGACACCCGGCCAAACAUGAGCUUGUACAGACCUUCCGCACCGAAAUCAAAAUCUAGAGAGGGACUGACUUUCUCACCACAAACCCCUAAGUUCUUGUGUGUUUUGUGCUGCUUAUUCUAUUUACUGUCUUCACUUUUAUCAUUCUGCUACAAACAGUCAGAGGCGGCACUGGACUCUAUACAAACAUGCCACAUCCACCUUCUAUGAGCACAACAAGGCCUGUUGCUGCUCAUUUGUAUUCGGAGUGAGUUCAGCCUGCACAGAAUCAACAGGUGGUACUUGCACAUAGCAUAAUGGGACAGCACAGACACACAGUUAACAGACCAGUUUGCUGUUUCACUUCUGUUCUCUAACACAGAUUUAAACUUUACGCUCACUUUUUAAAGGUCAUUUCUCUGUAAUGAUAACUUAUUGUAUAUUAUUAUUUGUGUGAAUAAAAGGAUUCUGCUUUGACUGUAAA